UACUACUUACUUAAAAAGUAGAAUUUAAGUAUAAUUUAAGACUAUAUAAAGGCUUAGGAUGUAUAUUUUGUUCAUCAGCUAAAGAACAAUCUUUGGCGAUAAUGUCCACACUCUCAAACUUCAUGAUCAAGACCUGCCUCAAGUUCAAACCGGUUUUGUACGAACCUCCCCCUAACAGACACGUGAUGGUCUUCGAGAACCCAAUGGGAGUGAGAAGGUGUACCAUCAGUACUGUGGGACAUGCUAAAGAAGAUGUUCAUCGUAUAACACUCGGCUACGAUUGCCUUAAAUCUCCGCAAAUCGACAUGCUCAUCAUGAAAGCCUUGGGAUUUCCAUUUGAGCACAACAGAGCGAGCCGGGACAUUUUUAUAAAUAUGCAGUUUGAAAAUAUAGAGCCAGGUUCUAUAAUAUUGUUUACGAAGGAGAAGAUGUUACCGCCGGAACUUCGCGCUCUGCCUUACGACCUUGACAGUGUGAUGCACUUUGGCGAACGAGAUUACAGCAAAAACGGACAUAGGACCUUUAUAAUAAAGAACGCAAAAACUAAGCAGAACCGCAUUGGUCUAUCGAAAACCGACCUCCAAAAGAUAGAAAUAGUAUACGGCGAUGAAUGUAAGAAUAGAGAUCGCCGAGAAAAACUAGAUUCCUGCAAAUGGUUGCCGAAAGUGGAACCUCUUCAACAGAAUGAGAGACGGAAAAGAGAAAUAGAAAAGGUUCAGAGUCUUCGAAUUAACCCUGAGAUCACACCCCCACCCGAAAAAGCUUUAACUGAAGAACUUGAAGACCGUAUCAAAGUAUUAGCUAUCGAAAACGAAGUACAAGAUCUAAUGGAACAAGUUCACAAAAUAGCAGCAAAGGCACUAGAAAAGGCGAGAAUGAAACACUGCAAUGACACAAAUGUAAGUCUAGAAGCGAAUACAACAACUCAUGACAUGAUAGAAGUUAUUGAAGCAACAACUAAUUAUAUAAGCUUUGUUGUGAACAAGGCACUUACAAAUUUGACAAUUUUCUGUGAUAACAACAAUUCUAUAGAUGCUUUCCAAAGAGUAAGAUGCGGUUAUGGAACUGGAAAUAGGUGCCCAGUGAGUUAUAAAUCGACUAAAUCAGGAGCAGUCAAAUAUUCUACGCAACAUAGGCCAUAUAUUAUCCAAUCGACGAAACACGAUGGUAAAGGAAGAAAAAUUCAGUAUGAUUCGUGGCUAAGAUCUAGUAAUGGUACAGAAGGUGCCAGAAGAAAACGAGAUAUUACAGAGAAUGUUACACAGAAUGUUACAGAGAAUACAAUUGCUAAUCAAGAUAAAGUAGAAGCUACUCUCCCAAUUUUGAAUACUACUUUAACAACGGUCGCUGUACAGAAAGUAGUUAAUUUUGCACCUGUAAGAAGGUUUUAUGAACGCGGUCCAAGGAUUUAUGGUAGUAAAGAGAAGCAACCAAAAGAAUCUUCAUCCAACUUAUCCUUUGAUAGAAAGGAGAAAAAAGCAAUGUCAGAGGAAAGGUCUUUGAAGGUUGAAUUUUUGGGUGACAAAUAUAAGGAAAAAAGAAGAGAGAAGUACAAAGAGAAGAAAAGAGAGACCAUAGAAGAGGAGGAGGAAGAAGAAGAAGAAAGGUGUCAGUCCAAGCCAAGAUUGAGUUUAGAAACAGUGAAACUAUCCAAAGAUAAUAGGGAGUUUUAUAAAGAAAGAAUGUGGCCCGGUGGUGUCGUUAGAUAUGUUAUCAAAGAAGAUACCGGAUAUAAUUCUGAUAACGUACGUGCGAGCCUGGAGGAAGUCAACAAGCUACUGAAGAAGAAGACCUGCGUUCGUCUCGAAGAAAUCUCGGAGAGAGAGGGAGACAGGAAACAUCGAUAUAGCGACUAUCUCGUUCUAGACACCAGUCCGGACUACGUCACUGGGAGAGUUGGGGGUAAACAGAAUUUCGGCUGCAUCGAGUUAUUCGAAGAUGGGCAACAUCGACAACACGGUGCCAUGAUGGUGAUGGCAAUGCUGGGUUUCUAUUUCGAAGUUUCCCGCCAUGAUCGCGACAAGUACAUACGCGUGCAUAACAGACACAUACGGGCUGAUAAACUACACCACUUUGAAAAAAUCCGUUCAGACGCAACGCUACCAGUCCCAUACGAUUAUAAGAGCGCCACUCAUCCCGCCUGGCAGUUCUGGAGGAAAGUCGGGAGGACGGGUAUAGCAAGCGUCGCUACUUAUAAGGACCAGGAUCCAGACGGUUCUAUAAUGAAAUCACUCGGACAAAACGAGCAACUUUUAUCAGACAUAGACAUCAUAAAAAUAAAUAGUGUCUAUGGUAUUAAGUGCUUUCUGGACCGACGGAAGGAGUACAGAUAAAGAAAAAUAUUAAAAAAUAAAUAAACGAAUAACAAAAAAGUAUUCA